AUGGUUGCAUCUUUAGAUAGCAAUGGGGUGGAUACAUGCAAUGGGGUCCUCUCUCUGACGAAAGUUAACAUCCUUAUCUUUCCGUCAGUUUCAUCAUUGUCGGCAGCGAAUCAUUCAAAUGACUUACGAAAACGACUGGAUAUUCAUGCUGGAUCAUACUCGAAUUAG